AUGUCCUCCUUGAGUAGUAAAGGGCCAAAGUCACUGCUUCUGGAAAGCUGUGUUCAGAACAGAAGGGCAAAUGGAGCUGCACUCAGUAAAGCUGAUCCCAGAGAAUUCAGUGGCAGAACUAGGAUUCACUACGGGGGUUCAAAUUAUGAAGCAGUGCAUGUUGAGGAAAUGAGGAUGCUUAGAUGGAUGUAUGGGUAUACUAGGAGCGAUAAGAUUAAGAAUGAGGAUAUCCGAGCAAAGGUGGGAGUGGCCUUAGUGGUGGACAAGAUAAGCGAAGCGAGGCUGAGAUGGUUUGUGCACGUGAAGAGGAGAUACACAGAUGCUUUAGUGAGGAGGUGCGAUAGGUUGGAUAUAGUGGGUGUGAGGAGAGGUAGAGGUAGGCCGAAAAAGUAUUGGGGAGAGGUUAUUAGACAGGACAUGGCACAAUUCCAGCUUACUAGGGACAUGACCUUAGAUAGGAGGUGA